CAACAUUUUUGUGUGCACAGCAACUGUUUACUAUUCAGCGUUGUAAAGGCAUAAUAAGCAUGUUCUAAAGCUGUGUUGGAUACUUUUUCUUCAUCUCUGUUCCGUCGUUGUUUUUCCUAUUUCUACACCUUAUAUAUCGCAAUAGUUGUAUAUAUUGAGAAAGGAUAAUAUUUCAUCGAGUUUUCCUAUCCAUUUUUUUUUGUUAAUGAGCUUUUUGUAAGGAUCCAUGGGAAUAUUAAGUUCAGUAAGCUUAAACUUUCGUCGAAAUCAAUUCUUCAGUCGACAAAGAUGGACACCGGUCGCUCAAAUAUUCUACCUUCUACUGAAGCCGGUAGUUGCUUUGUUUGUUUGUCAAGUCUUAGUGCUGAUACGACCCUUGAGCAGGAAAAUUGGCAAUUACCCAUUUCUCAUACUCACCAUGCAGACAUUGUUUUAUCCCAUCCAAGCCACUGUUGGUGGUCAAAUAGAGGUAAUUUACGAAGCUUUACUAGGGACAAUUAUUGGAUUAGGUUGGGCAGUUGCUUCAAAGUUUUUGGCAAUCGUUGCGAACCGAAAUGGCUAUUCGGGUGCAGCGGUAUUGGCAAUUUUCCUUGCCAUAGGUUCUUUCAUAUCCGGUUAUAUUCGUAGCCGGUAUGGCUAUCGAAACAUGUGCAUCAUAUGGAUUUUCAUAGACUGCUUCCUAAUGACAAUCGAUCCUUAUGGAAAGAGUGUUCCUUCUUCCUUCUAUACAAGCCUUGUCUAUCCUUCUCUGUUAGCAGCAGGUGUGGUGUUUUUGGCUUCAUUAUUCAUUCCUCCAACAAGGAUGGCAUCAGAUUUGGUAGGAAGUUCCGCGCUUUCCUAUUUGGAAGAGUUGAUGAAUUGUCUAAAUGGCUGUUUGCAAGGAUUUUUCCCUUCAGUUAAUACAAGCUCUACUUCGUAUUCCUCGUCGGAAGAGUAUCGCCUUACCAGUUAUCGUACUGUUCUCCGAGACCGUCUUAACAAGUUUCGCUCAGAUCUUCGAAAUUCCCAGUUUGAGUUGAACUUUUCUUUCAUACCUAUAGGCGUCCUCAAAGAUUUAGAAAAAGCACUUCAACGUACUUCCCUUACUAUGUCUGCGAAUGUUGCUGCUUGUGUAUCUUUGUACAGAGCGUUCAAUUUCAGUCGAUCCCACAACUAUUCCGAAAGUAAAGUUAGCGCUUACUCUUUGGAGAAUAAUAUGCCUUAUGAUGGAAUAGACUCCGACUUGUUCACACCACAAUUUCGCUUACAAGGUAGUCUUCAUUCGAAUCCUAGACCGCAGUCAAGCAAAGAAAUCUUUACGACAUAUCUUGAUUAUUUCUCACAAAACGUGAAUCAUAUAUCAAAUAGAGUCAUGUCUUCUUUACAAACAGCCCAUAGUGUUUUGCUAUGGUUGAUUUCAUCUUCACCAGCGGUUUCAGAUGAACAACUAUUAGACCAUAUCUCAUCUUUGAGUGAAGAAAAUAUUAAAGAAGGUGAAACUAUAAGAAAUGCUAUUAAAAUGGCAUUUGAAUUUAGUCGAUGUAAUCGAACUUUUACUGGUUUAUACAAAUUCGCUGCUGAUGAAGAUGUAUUUGCGAUUGCAUAUUAUCUUUUUAACCUUUUUGAAGUUGCGAAAGAGACAAGAAGUCUUUUAGCUAAUUUACUGUACUUGAAAAAAUAUCGCACAAAACGACGGAAGUUCUAUUUCCAUACUUUCAGCAUGCUCAAGGAAAGAGGAAGAAAUCAUGAUGAGCUUCAAAUUUUAUCAGCUCCUUUCGCUUCCCAAGGCACUCCAGAUAGCGAGAAUUCUGUUGAGGAAUUAGUAGCUCGUGGCGAAGAACAUAAUUGGGAUGAUGAUAGUCAAGAUACCAAGAGUUUGAAUUUUAUAGGAAAAAUGAAGCAAGUAUUGCAAAAACAUCGUCGACGAUUAUGGAAAGUAAGUCAUUGGCUUAUACAGUCCAAAGAUGUGAAAUAUGGAUUAAAAAUGGCAGCCGGAAUUAGUUUGCUGAGUAUAGUAGCUUUCCAACGAUCUACAACUCAUGAUUAUGGAAAGUGGAAUGGUCAAUGGGCAUUGAUUUCUACACUGUACGUAUUAGAGGUUACUGUUUCAGCUACUCUGCGAGUUGGAUUCUUUCGAGCUUUGGGCACUUUAUCUGGUGCUGUUUAUGCAUAUGUAACAUGGGAAAUUAGUCGUGGAUGGAGUUAUGUUAUUGCUGCGCUUACGUUUUUAGUCUCCUGGUUAUCUUGUUAUGUCAUGUAUCAUACCAAAUAUGCUGGCGUUGCAACUGUUUUUAAUAUAACAUUUCCACCUAUUUUAUAUGGUGCUUAUUUGGGGAAUAAAAACUCUACUUUUCAUUUGGCAGUAUUCCGUUUCCUUGAUGUGAUAGUUGGCAUUGGCAUGGCUAUUGUGGUAAACACUGUACUUUUUCCAUAUCUUGCUCGACGUGUCCUCAUCAAAGAAAUAGGAAUAGCUUGUCAAUUAAACUUAAAAUUAUAUAACACCAUGUCAGAAUAUAUGUUGAGUUCGACUCAUCAUGCGAGCGCAAGUCUAUGUGAGGAUAUGGAAAACGAAAUUAUAUACCAUUUGUUAAAGGCAAAUGAUCUUUUGAUGCUUACAAAUAUGGAAUUCCGACUAAAAGGACCUUUUCCAAAUAAGUUAUUUCAGCAACUGAUUGACAAACUGGGCAAUAUGGCCGGGCGGCUGGUGGUCCUGAAUAAGGUAAGAGCACGGUUUGGGCCUUAUUUAUACCAAGAGGUAGUGGAAAAUGUCAUUCGUUAUCGAAAAAACUUGAUUGCUUCUAUAUCACUUACUAUGUAUAUUUUGUCUCAUAGCAUUAUAGCUAAAUCACCGGUUCCCUAUUUCUUACCGUCUUCACGAAACGCCCAUUGGAACCUACGGCAAGCAAUUAUGAAAGACAUACAAAUUAAAAGCGGAUAUAGCAAUGAAAGUCAACAAGAGGGACUCGUCUCCGACGAGUCUAGUCCGACGGCAUUAUCGGCGGCCUUAUGGCUCCAUGGCAAUGAAGGGGUUUUGUACUACUACGCUGAGUGCCAAGUAAUAGAGGAGAUUGUCAAUGACUUGGAAGAUUUACUAUUGCUGGUAAAGCGAAUCAACGGAGAAGAGAAAAAGCCCAGAAUUUGGAACGAAAAAUUGUAAUAGUUGUUUAUUCUACAAACUACUUGUUUUUUGAACUACAUAGAUUUUGUGUACAGUAUGGUAACAAAUGGGAUUCAAUAUACGGACAGCGAAGCCAAAUUUUUUAACUCGAUCUUUCAAUACAUUAGGAAAAAGAAUAUUACUAAAUAUAUAUUUCGCCAUCGUUGUACGCCGCAUAGCAACAAUUCCAAUAAAAUUGACUUGAUAGAUAUAUGAUUCAUUAAAAGCACACCUAAUUUCCAACGAACUCUCUCUUUGCUGGUCGAACCAACGCUUUCUAAACAAUGUAGAACACACUACCAUGCAACUGCUUAAGUACUCCUUCUCUACUUAAUUCUACUCCAUAUUUAUUACCCUCAUUAUUACUUUUCCCUACAAUUCACACACAAAACGUCUUCCGCGGAAAACCAAAAGAUGAAGCAUCUAAAUCAUUAAUUUGAGAACUAAAUCAUAAAAGCAUUAUUGUUAAUAGCAACCUUAUACGUCACCAUC